AUGCUCAAAUACUCCCUCGUCGCUCUUGCAGUCGCUCUCCCGGCACUUGCACAACAACAGCAGGUUUGGGGCCAAUGCGGUGGAAACGGAUGGACUGGCCCUACAUCGUGCGUCUCCGGCACCACCUGCGUUAAACUCAACGACUGGUACUUCCAGUGCCAGCCUGGCUCAGCACCUACAACCGCUGCUCCGCCCCCGCCGCCUCCAGUCACAACGACAGCGGCGCCACCCCCGCCCCCACCCGUCACAACCACGGCCGCACCUCCUGUUACCACGACCGCAGGCACCACCCCUCCCACUGCUCCGGAAGAUUGCACAGCCCUUCCCGGCACCAUCACCUUGAGGGCGAACUCCCGGUUGCCCGAUCCCUUCACAUUCGUCGAUGGGAGCAAGGUGACAACGAAGGCUCAGUGGGAGUGCCGUCGCGAGGAGAUCAACCAACUGGUCCAACGCUACGAGUCCGGCACCUUGCCUCCCAAGCCGCAGAGCGUCACCGGUACCCGCUCAGGCAACAGCAUCACCGUCAACGUCUCCGAGGGCGGUCGGUCCAUCUCCUUCUCUGCCUCCAUCUCCUACCCUUCGGGUACAGGCCCGUUCCCGGCACUGAUCGCCAUCGGUGGCUCGAGCAUCCCCACACCCUCGGGCGUCGCCGUCAUUAACUUCCCGAACGACGACAUUGCCGCACAGGCCAGCACCGGCAGCCGUGGGCAGGGCAAAUUCUACACGCUCUACGGCAACACCCACUCGGCGUCCGCGCUCGUCGCGUGGGCAUGGGGUGUGGGCCGACUCAUCGACGCGCUCGAGACGACCGCGAACGCGAACAUCGACACGAGCAAACUCGCCGUCACCGGGUGCUCCAGGAACGGCAAGGGCGCGCUCGCGGUUGGCGCGUUCGAGCCGCGUAUUGCGCUCACCAUCCCGCAGGAAUCCGGCUCGGGUGGUGCGGGAUGCUGGCGCAUCUCGGACAGGAUGAGGUCGAACGGGAUUAACACACAGACCGCGUCGCAGAUCAUCACCGAGAACGUGUGGUUCUCGAGGAACUUCGACCCCUACGUCAAUAGGAUCAACGACCUCCCCUUCGACCACCACACUUACGCGGGCUUGAUCGCGCCUCGCGGCCUGCUCAUCAUCGAGAACACCGGAAUCGACUGGCUUGGCCCGCAAUCCAACUGGGGCUGCAUGAAGACGGCCAACAAGAUUUGGCAGGCCCUCGGCGUCGCCGACAACAUGGGUGUCUCACAGGUCGGCGGUCACAACCACUGCCAAUUCCCUUCGAGUCAGCAGAAUGACCUCAACGCUUUCGUUAACAAGUUCUUAAGGGGCCAGUCCGCCAACACCAACAUCCUCAGGACCGAUGGCGCCAACCAACUCGGCUUCAACGACGCAGACUGGAUCGACUGGGCCGUGCCGACGCUAUCGUAA